AUGGAAGAUAUGUUAAAUUUGGACAUGAGCAACCUUCAGCUGAAAAAUGGAAUCACUUUGGCAGAAUUGAGUUCUGGUUCUGAGUUUGAACUACAAAAAGAAGACACUUUUUAUGACAUCAAAGAAAAUGAUCAAUUGAACAAAGAAGAAUUUGAUCGAAUUUACAACUCAAAUUCCCAUUCGGAUGAAGAGGAUUUAAAUCCUAUAGACUUGGCUAGUACAAGUUUUCAGGAAAUAGCAAAGAAUAUGAAAAAUAUCUCUCCUGAUGGAGGGGUCAUGAAAAAAUUGUUAAAGAGAGGCUAUGGUCCACUGGUGGCUGAGAAUUCAAUUAUUGAUGUUCAUUACAAUGCUUACUUUGAAUAUUCUGAUGACCCAUUUGACUCAAGUCAUCUUCGAAACCAAAGUUUUAAAUACAAAAUGGGCUCCGGCAGAGCUAUUCCUGGCUGGGAAAUUGCUUUGUUGACAAUGUCCAAAGGAGAAAAAUCCAGAUUCUUGAUACGACCAGACUAUGGUUUUCGGGAAAUUGGCUGUCCACCAAGAGUACCUCAAAAUGCAACUGCUCUGUUUAUCAUUGAACUUCUUAAUAUAUCUGAUCAAAUUGGUAUCAAUGACUUUUACUUACUAAAUGAGGAUGAUCGGCAUCAAGUCAGCUUUGAUUAUAUAAAUAAAUUAGUUCAUUCAGAAAAGUUGCAAGGAACCAAAUUCUUCACACAAAAGCAGUUCAAGAAAGCAUUCAAUAAAUACAAACAGGCUGCUAACCUACUGGAAAGUUGUCAUUUGGAAUCUGAUAAGGAGGAAAGGGAAUGUCAACGAAUCUUAGUCGAUCUCAACUUGAACAUGGCUCUCUGCUGUUUACGCCUCACCCACUCAACCCGUGCCAUUACCUACAGCCGCAAGGUGUUAAAUAUGGACAAAAACAAUGCCAAAGCUUUAUUCCGAUUAGGACAGGCAUUUCAUCAACUUGGACAGUUUAAUGAAGCCAAGAAAUAUUUGUGUAAAGCCCAAAAGAUUUUACCAAAAGAUUCCAGUAUUCAGAAAGAACUGAAGCAAGUUAAAGAGAAUGAGCAAAAGUUUCAGUUUAUAGAAGCUGAUGUUUACAAGAAAAUGCUUUCUGGUCUUGAAACAAACAAAAAAGACGUUUCUACUGCAGAGUCACCCGUUUCAGAAAGUGAUGCUGUAUCUAAAGAAUUCCAAAACAGUGUAACCAAAUAUUUAGAGAAUUUUGCGGAUGAUAAAUGUCAAGAUGAAUGUCCCUUGCCAACAUAUAGCAUGUCAGAAGCAGAAAUGAAUUUUGUCUUAGAAACUGUUCACAGUAUGAGUCUUAAUGUAGUACAGUCAGGCUCUGGACAAAAUUCCACCAUUCGAAUUACCAAAAAUAUCCCGUCAUUCCAAGAUGAACAAGUUCUGUUAUCUUAA